AUGGCUUCAAUCCGCGCCAACUGCCGCAAGAUUAUGUGUAUCGGCCGCAAUUAUGCCGAUCACAUCACAGAGCUCAACAACACAGCCCCCAAGCAACCAUUCUUCUUCCUCAAGCCCCCCUCCUCCAUCCUCACCCCCGGUUCCGGACCUGUCCUGCGCCCCAAGGGCGUCAGCCUGCACUAUGAAGUCGAAUUGGGUCUCGUGAUUGGCAAGACCCUGCGCGAUCUCGACCCCAACGACGAGAAGGGUGCCCUGGAAGCCAUCCAGAGCUACAUUCUCGCAAUUGACAUGACCGCCCGUAACGUCCAAGACGAGGCCAAGAAGAAGGGUCUCCCCUGGUCCAUUGCCAAGGGCUUCGAUACCUUCCUUCCCAUCUCGCAGGAGAUCGCCAAGUCGCGCAUCCCGAACCCGCAUGACGCAUUCUUGCGUCUGAGCGUUGGUCAGACCGAGCGCCAGGCUGAUUCGACUAGCCUGAUGCUUCACCGUAUCCCCCACCAGCUUGCACAGAUCUCCCGCGUCAUGACUCUGGAGAAGGGUGAUAUUGUCCUUACUGGUACACCUAAGGGAGUUGGUCAGGUUAAGGCUGGUGACCUCCUGCGGGCCUCAAUUGAGGUUGAUGGAAAGGAGAUUGAGGAGGGUCGCAUUGAGGUUGAGGUGCAGGACCGUGAAGGUCGGUACGAGUUCAAGGAGACCUAG